AUGCCUGGCUCGUCACGCCUCCCCGUCAGUCUCCGCGACACGUUCAAUGCGCGACGGAGCUCUCCCAAAGGCCAGCUCGUUGCCCUGAACAUCGAAGUGUACGUGACCUCCGACUCACAAGCGCCCAUACAGGCCCUCAUCCGGAACAUUGUCUUCGUCCUCUUCUUGCUGCGAUGGACGCGCAAGCUCUUCUACCAACUCAAAGGCCGUGGCAUCUUCGGCUCCCUCGGUGACCUCUACCUUAGCAUCCGCCGCUACCUCUACGGUGUUUUCCUGCGCCUGCCUGGUGUCCGGACCAAAGUGCAGACCCAGAUUGCCGAAUCUAUCCUCAAGCUCGAGAAAAAACUCGUACCCAGCGGCCCCGGUAUUGAGCGCAUCAUCAGCCUGCCCACCAUAGGAUGGAGCGAAGAGGAUGUGCGCAAGAAGCUGGGAGAGCUAGCCGGCAUGGAACAUACCAAGUGGGAAGAUGGCAGAGUUAGCGGAGCCGUGUAUCAUGGCGGCGAGGACUUGAUCCGGCUGCAGACGGAGGCUUUUGGCAAGUUCACUGUGGCGAACCCCAUUCAUCCAGACGUCUUCCCCGGCGUACGCAAGAUGGAAGCCGAGGUGGUGGCUAUGGUCCUCUCGCUAUUCAGCGCUCCCGAAGGUGCUGUGGGUGUCACCACGUCCGGUGGCACCGAGUCUAUCCUUAUGGCAUGCCUCUCUGCGCGCAACAAGGCUUACAAGGAGCGCGGCGUCACGGAGCCCGAGAUGAUACUGCCCGAGACAGCGCACACAGCGUUCCGCAAAGCUGGCGAGUACUUCAAGAUCAAGAUACAUCUGGUCGAAUGCAAAGCGCCCACCUACAAGGUCCAUAUCCCCUCCGUCUCCGCUCUAGUCAAUCCGAAUACAGUGCUGUUGGUCGGCUCAGCGCCCAACUUCCCCCAUGGCAUCAUUGACGACAUCUCUGGUCUCAGCAAGCUGGCACAGAAGAAGAAACUCCCUCUGCACGUCGACUGCUGUCUUGGGUCUUUCAUUAUUCCAAUGCUGACCAAGGCUGGAUUUGAAGCGGAGCCUUUUGACUUCCGUCUGCAAGGUGUCACCAGCAUCUCGUGUGAUACCCAUAAGUACGGAUUCGCUCCCAAAGGCAAUUCCACCGUGCUGUACCGCUCCGACGACUUCCGCAAGUACCAAUACUUCAUCUCGCCUGACUGGUCUGGAGGCGUGUAUGCUUCGCCAUCAAUUGCUGGUUCGCGGCCGGGUGCGUUGAUUGCAGGAUGUUGGGCCAGUCUUGUCAAGCAGGGCGAGAACGGUUACAUUGAUGCAUGCCACAAGAUUGUUGGUGGCAUGAAGAAGAUCGAGUCGGCUAUCCGCGAAAGGCCAGAGCUAGCCUCUGACUUGAAGGUCAUUGGCAAGCCUCUGGUUUCGGUUGUCUCCUUCCUCUCUGACACGAUUGACAUCUACGAUAUCGCUGAUGGCAUGUCGGGCAAAGGCUGGCACUUGAACGCAUUGCAGAACCCGCCAGCCAUCCACAUUGCUGUAACACUGCCAAUCGUCGCAGUUGUUGACAAGCUGAUAGAAGACCUGGUCGAGGUAACGGAGGAUGUCAAAGACAAGGAGCGACGUAGGAUUGCAGAGGGCAAGGGCGCAAAAGGUGCUGUCAAGGGAGAUGCUGCAGCACUAUACGGCGUUGCUGGCAGUCUACCAAACAAGAGCGUUGUUGUUGACCUGGCCAAGGGCUUCUUGGACACCUUGUACAAAGCCUGA